CGCCGUCGCCGUCGCAAUUACAAUUCUUCACCUUGUCGGCUUGACCGUCUCGCGCUCUGCCCUGGCAGCUGCGCGUGCUGCGCCGUCGUGUGUUGACGCUUCAAGUUGCUUGACUUUACAGUCCCUGCCCCGCCGCCUUGACCCACCACUGACUACAGUGCAAUCGACCCAUCUCUGCCUCCGUUUCUGGGGUAUUUUCGCACCCUCCCGACCAACCCUCGGGCGGCUUGGUUUCCGUCUUCGAUUCCCUUUUCCCUCUUUUUGACCAUCCGUCAGUCCCGUUGCUAGACGGACAACAAACAACUCAACUGGCGGACGGGGCCACUGUCCAAGGAGUAGCCUCCGUCGGACACCUACUCGAACGGCGUCAACAAACGGCGUCAACAGCCGACCAGAAAGGGGGCUCCACUCAUCCCGACAACGCGGCACCUUAACGGUACCGUACUUACUGCGGUCUGUACUUAGCUAUACCUUGCAGUGGUCAACGGACCCGUACGGAUCCCGGACGGAACCGCGGACGGACCACGGACCACGGACCACACGGACGGCCCCCAAUGUCCGACGACCCCUUCCCGGCCUCCGCUCCCGGUGCCGGCCCUCCCGCCUUGGCUCCCGGUAAGCACCGCGGCCCCCGCUUCAGCUGGAACAGUGCCUAUGAGACCACCUUCUUCACCUCCCUCUGCGAGUCGGUCCAUCUCGGUCUACGCGAGGGCAACACGUUCAAGCCCGAGGCCUGGGACCGCGCAUUGCAGGCCCUCAUCACCCACCACAACGCCUAUGCCAACAAGGGCCACCUCAUCAACAAGAGCGACAAUGCUCGGAAAAAGUUCCGUCUGUGGCGUGGUCUGCGCGAGGAUCCCGACUUCCACUACGAUGUCAUGACCAGGACUGUGAAUGCCUCCGAGGAAGCAUGGGCCAGACAUUUGCAGAUGGAACCACUCUCUCGCUCCCUUCGUGGAAGACCUUUCGAACAUGAAGAACUUUACGAGAUCUUGUUCCCCGAUGUCAUCGGCUCUGGCGGUGCCCCCAAACGACUGACCAAACAACGCCCCCGCAAGACGAACGACAACCUCAACCCUUCCGGCCCCGGCCUCGGUCCCGGCUCCAGCUCCGGCUCUGGUCCCGGUCACGGUCCCGGUCACGGUCCCGGUCACGGCCCCGGCCACGCCGACCAGGAUGCCCCUAAUACGACCAUCAUGAACCUCCUUGCCGAUCAAUCCUACGCGAACCCUCAUCCACAGGCUCACAUGCCUCCUCCGCCGCCGCCAGUCCAUUCGGCUUCCGCCCCUCUUCCCUCUCCCAUCCCCGCCCCUGUGUUGGCCCCCAUUCCCACUCCACCAACCUUGCCGUCGUCGCAACCACCAUCACAUUCCCGGCCCAACCUGAGCGCACAUCAGCCCCGAAAUAACCCGAGCACGUCCGCCCUCACGCCACCCGAGGAGAAUCCUGUCCAGAACCGAAGAAGGCCUCACAUGCCUGACAGCAGUGGCUCCAGCGGCUCUACUAACGCUGAAAAACGCCGCCGUACUGCCUCAAACUCUGUUGACCACGCUUCUCAGCCCCCGGGUAUUGCCAGCUCUUCCGCAGUCAGCAGUCUAUCUACUCCCGAUGCGGUGACAGCUUUGGCAGAGGUUCUUCGUUUUCCCAAGCCCAAGUUGAGUUGGGCAGAGCAAGCCGUCGAGAUCUUCUUCCGAGACUUCGCCCAGGAGGAUAUGGACUUUCAGCUCAAGGUGGCCGAAAAGGCCCUCACGGACGAGAACAAGGCCAUGGUGUUUUGCAAGAUGCCCAACCACGUGCGCAAACAUUGGAUUAAGCGUCUGAGGGAAGCACACAACAGGAGUAUCUAGGUGAACACGGUGGUUGCUUCUCACUCACAGACA